CCGAUACUCCAGACAUGGCAACGCCCUUAAUUACCAAAUAUGGCAGAGCGUCUGUCGUUAUAUCCAGUCUGUUGUGUAUUUCAGAACAAUUGUCGGUAGAUAAGCUGAAGCCCGCAGCUCGUAUGUACCCUACUUUUUGUUUUGACGCUCACAGAGGGCGUUAAAGCGCAGCUGCUGGAGGCUUUAGCCACCGUGCUGUACAUGUGACCGAGCGGGACAGGGGAGGGGCGCUUUGUCUCGUGUAUUGUACCGUGGAACACCGAGUUCUAGGCAACGUAGCUGGGCAGCGUCGAGCCAGCAGCUACACGGAGGAAGACAAGUCGCCGACACGGAGCCCGGUCCGACUGCCAGCUCGUAACGUUAUCCGUCAGCGUUGGAAGACGGCGUCGUUGGAAUAACGCCAAGAGCAAACCUUUGGUUUGCUGUGCAAGCCUGUCGAGCCAAGGACAUUAGGAAGCAGGAAAGGAGAUGAGCACCAAGAGGAAAGCAGAGAGCCACUCCAGGGCAGUGAGCAGACCACGCAUCAUGAAGUCUGGAAACUCCCGAGCUGAUUCAGAGAGAGACUCUGGGUUCUCAGAUGCAAGCUCGGAGCACAUGAGCACAAUGGACACCACAGACUCUGAGGACUCAAGUCGCCCCGCUGCACAGCAGACUUCUGGCUUGGGGUCCUCUCAGCUGGCCGUGGUAGGAGGCUCCUACUCCAACCUCUCUCCCAUGAUCAUCAUGAACAACGUCCUCCUCAAGCAGCCUGGAGAUAAUCCUCCUGCUAUGAAGCCCUGGGGGUUUAGUCCCACAGUGGAGGUGGUUCAGCCUGUGGUGCAGCAGCCUCAGGUGGUCUUCCUCCAGCCUGUGGUCUCACGCCAAGCUUCCCCUGCCCCCAAAGAGGCUUCCUCUAGACACAGACGCCCUAAGAAGUAUCUUCCGAUCCUGAAAUCCUACCCCAAGAUUGCUCCACAUCCUGGAGACAGCUCUAGUUCCUCAGGAAGAGGAACUGCUUCCUCAUCUUCCUCCCCUUCCCCCUCCUCCUGCUCCUCGUCCUGUUCUACAGGGUCAGAGAGAGGCAGCAGCUUGACCUCCAACCACCGGGACCACUGUCAGAGAGAGAAGCAGCCAAGAAGUGUGUGUGGUGGUGCCAGUAAUUAUGGCUCAGCUACUCCCAGUCUUCCUGCUUGCUCCAGUGCCAUGUCACCUCUGCUCCAGAACCGACUUUCUCUCCACACAACAGAAGCCAGCGCCAGCAGUAGUCCUGCCAGGGAGUCGCCUUCAACAACUGUCAGCCAGGCAGAGUUUACUACUUCCCUCUCUUUCAGUCACACUGCUGGCACCAAAAACACGACACUCCCUGUCCCCAGAGGGGCCACCCAAGAGAACAUCGCACCACGAGAACAUAACCACAGUGAUAGCGAUGCCGAUACAAAGAGAAAGCGCUUCUGCAACACCUACAACAUCCUGAGCAACUCGGGCCUGCUGGACAUCGUACUCCGCACCAAGGAGCUCCACCGGCAGAACCGACGCACCCAGAACGACCUCGACCAGCUAAAAGAACACACAGACCUCUUCCUUCAAGCUGUGCGGAGCGGUGACACCAGCAUGUGUGUUAAACUGCAGUCCAGCCUUCAGGAGGAGGACAGAGAGAAAGACAGGGAGAGAGCUGCUCAGCCCAGCUUGACGGCAGAUUAGACCUAGACUGGUGUGAGACGGUAAUCCUUUAGACUGAGAUGGGGGGGAAAAAGGAAGGCCAUGGUUGGAGGGGAGAGAGGGGGGUGAAGCGUACAGAGACAGAUGGACCGAAAGUAAUGUGCUCCGCAAUACACCCCCACACACUCUCUAACACGGACAGUGUGCUGUGGCCUACAUUCUGGCUGCCAACUGCCUUAGGGCUCUGACACACCAAUCCCACCUCAAAGAUUUUGUGCUGAUAAAGUUGUUUUUUUGUUGCCUCGUAUCUUCUGUCAAAAGUUGCACAAUGACUCAUUGCAACGCUGGUAGUCAGUUGACCACCGACAUGCACAUAAUGAUCUACACCUGUGAGAGAGCCCAAGGAAAUCCAGAUAGAAAAGCAAACAACCGCUCUAUUUCUGUGCCACAGAGUUUGUGAAAAUUGUCUCAUUGUAAUUUAGAAUAUCUUUAAAUUCUCUUUAAAAAGUUUCAACGGACUUUGACUUUGCUUUGAUGUUGUCAGCCUGGGGUUUUCAAUUUGUGGAAAAAGGAAAAAAUGGAGGUUAAAAAAAACAAGAAGAAGUGAAAAUAACAGAUUUUUAAGGUCAGUCAGACGGUGCUGCUUUAUAGCCUAUUGCUGACAAUCUCGUCCAAACGGCCACAGAUAAGUUCUGACUAGUGCCACCAGUGAAGGAUGUCCCCCACAAUCGGCAAUGGUCGCCAACUGUCGGCUUGGUGUGUCAGGGACCUAAAGUCAAACAAGAGAUUUGAUCUCUUCCACUGAAGCUCAAAGUGCUGCUGUGCUGCACGGAAAUCUUUUGCUCAUUGGCAAUCAAUACCCCAAAUUCCCGAGAGAUGUAAGACAUUUUUUUUUCUGAACAAUACUGGCUCAGUCUCUAAAAAGCCAGAUUGAAGUUAAACUGGAAAUUUGAACUUGAACAACGCACGGUGUCGUCCAAACCUGAAGUAUAUUUACUUCUAUCAACAGAGUGUCUCACUGCAUGGACUGAAUUAGGUUGACGUUUGUGUUUCAACAGUUUUUCAUCAUUCAUGGUCGUUCUCUAAGCUGUGUUCCUCCGAUGUGCUGCUUAACCACUCAUCCAGUUAACAGACAAGUGUGUACAUAAUCUAAAUUAUUCUCUGCAGCGGUUACAAUUAUGUAACAUUGAUGAUUUAUGAAGUGUAUUCAUCGUGUCACGUUGAAUGUGUCCGCGGCCUCCUGCCAGUCAACAUCUUUAAAUAGACAAACCUAAAGUGUCUUUUUAGUUCCUGCUACAUUUUUAAACUCGGCGUGAAGGAUUUGGCACAGCCCGUCGACUAUUUCAAGUUUAGCAUUCCCAUCAUGUUGAUGGCAGCUAUAAUACAGUGCAGACUGGCUGGAAGUAAAGCUCUUAACAGGCAUUGAGAUACUUCCCCGAUAACAUGCCAGGGAGGGUAAAGGGUGCUUCCUUUAGUUCAACCAUAUUUAUCGGUGACUGUACAUGAGUUAUAUAAUUUGUUUUUGUGGAUAUGUGUGUGUGUUUUUAAUAUACACAUGGAUGUAAUUUAAUGUGGCAAUAUUACCCAACUUAAGUGCAGACUUUUUCCGUUUUUUAAGAUUCCUUUCUACUUUCAUCUGUAUAAAAUGUUCAUUGUGAACCUUUCUUUUUUUGAGACAAGCAUCAAGUCCGGUUUCUUGAUGAAGACCAGUUGUUGUGCAUCAACUUUUGGCCAGUCCAGAUUAUUCUGUUUUUGUUGGGGAUGCUUUUAAAUUACGGCCUUAAUAUCCAAACCCAGUCUGUGUUUCUAACUUUGCAUUUGCACUAAAAUAAUCUGGCAGCUCAUUUAAGGCGGACUGCAAAAGUCUUUUUCUGUUGAAGUUACAGAACUUCAAGUGCGUCACGAGCUAACAUAAGCACACUAUGAGCGUGCACUGUUCCUAUAGUACACACAUGCAUAACAUUUACAUUGUCAGAUGAAUUUUUAUUACGGUUUCCUCAGUAUCAAACAGGGCUUCUCCAUUAACCGUCUUUAACUUUACAAUAAUAACUGAUGUGAUGAUGUACAUGCUGUGCUUAUGUUGACUUACAGUGCCUCACAUCGACGUUUGCAGUCUUAGCCCGUGUAAACAUGAAUACAGAGGGUCGUGUAUUCUGCAGCAAACUGAGUGGAAGUGUUUGUCACACAAACGGACGAGUUUGGGUUCUUUUGUGAAUGAAUCGUGGGUGUUUUUACAACUAACAUUUAUUGUGUAUCAGCUUUUGAAGUGAGUAGAGAGAUUCACUUUUCUGUCGUAACAGACUGACAUGGUAACAGUAGAAGAUGAUGUGAUAUUUUGGUUUUUUAGACACUCCCAAACCAGAUCUGAUGUGUUCAAAGGUCCUUGUUGAAUUUGGAUUUUAAACUCGCUUUGGCAUUAAGUAAAUUUCUUGAGUGUCGUCUGCUUUCUGUACAGUACAAUGAGCGUUGCUCAAGAUAAUGAGACAAAGUGCAGACCAACUUCUCAGACAGCAGUAUGUGCUUGUGUGUUAAUGGUGCAAGUUUUAAACAUCAAAAGUCAUGACUGUGUGUCUAUUACAAGCUCAUUGCAAAACGAUUACUGACGCAUGGAAAAGAAAACCUAACCUUGUGUUUUUGUGGUUGUGUCACUGUAACGGAUCAGUAAUUUAUUCUAAUACCACAUGUCCUUUUUUUUAAAAAAAAAGGCCUUAUUAAGAUACUCAAACCAGGAGGCUGCAAGACUGCUGGCUCUGUUUUGGUCUUUUCCCUCGGCCAAAAACAACUGCCAUCAUGUUGAGCUCUUUUUAUAGGAGAGUUGACAUGCAAAUUUCCCUCUUCUAUCGCUGACCAACAACACAUUUAUUUUAAUUUAAAUGUCUAAAAUGGUCACAGAAAUGUUUUUAUAAAAAUUGUAGCCCUUUUCCACUUCAGUCAGAUGCACAGACAGUCGAUAUAUUCAAGGAAUCAUUGUUGAUAUUGUUCUUAAUGGGUCGGCGUAGAGUCAAAACAGUUUAACGACCUGCUGAAAUUAGAUCUCGCUGUUCCAAUAUUGCUUCACUGCCAGUGGAAUAAAUGAUGGUACUGAACAAUCGAAUGGUUCAAUAAUGUUUUCACCAGCACAACAACAGUGGUUGUGUUCCCUUUCGUUGUUCGCUGUCAUGAGUCUUUUAACAUAACAGCUUUAUUUAUCAAAGAUUGGUCACCAUCAGCUCGCAGUAAUCUAAAGUUUGGUUUUGUUUACAUGGAUCCACACUGAUGUGGUCACUCUUUCUCAGAUCCUGUAUGUGUGACUGACUAUUGACUGAACUGUAUCAAACCAUAACUCUGUGGUGCCGCUAUUAAAUGUGCUACAUGCUGUGUCAUGGAUUGUUAUUACCGUUGUUGUGAUCAUGUUUAUGUGGCCACAGUUUUCUGUUUUCAACUUUCAAAACAGUUAACAGUUAAUUGAAAAGGUAAAAAGUAAAGACUGUUUGUUUUUUUUGUACAAUAGCACACUAGUAAUUUUCUAACACUGGAUUUUGAGGUUGUUGUUUUUUUUUUUUUCAUCUAAAUGCUGGCAGCUUGGUUUCCUCUGCACAUUUCAGUCUGCCUUCUUUCAUUUUAAAGAUGCUGGAAACGUUUGUGAUUGUUUUAUCAAACUCUUUCAGUAGUGCACCAGCAGCAACGAUCAUUAGUCCAAAUAAUUCCUGUAGUAGCAUUCGGCAGACUGAAUGUAAUGUUUGUAAUGUAAAUGCAGAAAGUUAUUGAAAUCCACAAGGACUUACCAGAACAUCAGCUUCAUGUCUUACAGUCUUAAACAUCUGGAGACGUUCAACUUGUUCAAUAAUUAAUAAUACUUCAGCUAUGCCAAUCAGAAAUCAAUAAACUACGACUUGAGAAAGGGUUUGAUGUAACAUGCCGCAGGGCUCUUUUUUGUACAUUUUAAGUUAGACUCAUUGCCUGUGUAAUAAAUGUCAUUCCAAAGAAAA